GUCCGCUGCUUUACAAACCAACUCACCGUUCAACUUUUCGUCCUCUAGCUGGCCGACUUUGCCAACGUAAAGCCCACGUACGACGGUCACAUUUGGCCACCAAAGGACCAAAACCACGAGCUGCAGUAUUGCGGUGCGUGUUGCUCACGCCAGAUCUUGUCGACACGCUGGGCUGACAAGACCUUUGGUUCGCGCAGAGUGUCUCAAUUGCGGAUGCCCCACGCCUACGUAUGCCGAAUUUCAACAGAUUCCAGUUCCAGGUUGCAAGCCCGAAACGAUGUGCAAGCCCUACCAGGGUCAAAAGACUGGUGUUGAAGGCGCUAACAUUCGAGGAAAGCAAGCCGCAACGGCCAAGGGUACCACUGGCGGCUCAGCUGGCGCUGGCACCGGCACUGGCACUGGCACCGGCACUGGCACCGGCACUGACACUGCUCCCACGACUGGCAAGAGCAACGGCAGCGGCAAAGGCACCACUAAAGGCGGCAACACGAGCACCGGCAGCGGCGGUUCUUCCGACACUGGUAGCGGUGGCAAUUCCAACACUGGCAGCGGCGGCGUUUCCAACACCGAUACCGGUUCACACAAAGGCCACGACAACAGCGCAGACACCGGCAAGACGGGCAGCUCGACCAAGAAGGGCUCAAGCACCAAGCAAAACGAGUCGCCCAGUAAGGGCCCCGACGAGAACGAGUUCCCAAUUGGCGCAUCUGGAAGCAAAUCGAAGGACAAGGGUAAGAAGGAGAGCAGCAAGGAUAGCAAGGAGACCACGGGUGCUAGCUUAGACAACAGCUACAAGCUCGGCGACUCUGGAUUCGAAAAGACCGCUGGAUCUUCCUCGGCACAUGGAAAAGGAGACGACACCAGCACCAUCACCGAGGACGACCUUCCUGACUGCGAAGAAGGUGAGACUUCUGGUGCGAAAGCUCGAGGAUGCUUGAAGAAGGGAGGUAGACAGCAAAAGCCGCUCGGUUCGUCUUUUGGAAAUCGUAUCUUGAGUAAGAGAUUGGCUCUCGGUGGCGCGCCUCCAAGCCAAACACCACCUGCGGGUGGUGCUGGCUCGCCUCCUAGUAGCGCAAAUCCGCCCCCGAGCCAGGUACAACCUCAAAAGGAAGGAGACUCGGGCAAGGGAGGCUCGCCUCCUGGUCGCCCGAAUCCGCCUCCGAGCCAGGGACAACCUCCGAAAGAGGGAGACUCGAGGAAGGGAGGCUCGCCUCCUGGUGGCGCGAAUCCGCCUCCGAGCCAGGGACAACCUCCGAAAGAGGGAGACUCGGGUAAGGGAGGCUCGCCUCCUGGCGGCGGCUCGCAUCCGAACGAAAAGGAACCCAAGAAAGAGGGAGACCCGAACAAGGGAGGAGGCAAUCCGCCUGCGGGCGAAAAGGAUCCAAAGAAAGUGGAUACGCCCGGGGAUCAGGGCAACUUGAAUAUGAGCGACCACCCGUCGCCGAACGAGCAGCCCAAAGAGAAGGAAGAGAAAACGGAGCUUGGGAGUACCGAGCACUCGGAGUCGAGCGGCAAUGCGCCUCCAACUGAGCCAUCGCUCAAUGGUAACGCGCCUCCAAGCGAGCCACCGCCGGCUCAACCACCUCCGAGCGGAGGACCUCCGCCAAACCAAGGACCGCCUGCGGGUCUCGGUGGUAUGCUGUCCGGCGGAGGCUCUCCUCCAUCUCAGCAGCAAGGCAUGCCGGGGUUGGGAUCAGGGCUUAGGCCGCAGGGCGAGCAGGAGCGUCCCGGCGGACUGGGCCUGAGGCCUGGCGGCGGCGGCAUCGGCGGCGGCCGGGAGCGUCCUGGUGGUCUUGGCGGGCUGGGCUCGAUGGGUGGCGGGAGAGAACGUCAAGGUGGCGGAGGUGGACUUGGUGGUGGCGGAGGUGGACUCGGUGGCGGCAGAGGCGGACUGGGUCUCAUGGGCGGUGGAGGGGAUCAUCGGGACAGACCCGGCGGACUGGGCAUGUCUAGUGCCGAUUCGCACGAAGUGCCUGCCAGCCAGGAGCACGGCAGGGAGGCGAUGAGACCAGGCCAUGGCGAUCGCGGUCAUGGCGGUGGGAUUGGUCUAUUGGGCAGCGGAGGAGGAGGUCGCGGUGGCGGAAUAGGUCUACUGGGCGGCGGUGGGGGUGGUGGUGACGGCGGUCGUGGCGGCGGAAUGGGUCUACUGGGCGGCGGAGGAGGUGGUAGCGGCGACGGUGGUGGAACGGGCCUGUCGAGCGCUGCCGAAAGCCCAGUAGGUCACGGUAGGAUGAGCUUGUCUGGCAACGGAGCCGAAAGCUCGCUGAAUGCUGGAGGAUCCGAUGCUCGGCUUUCUGCCUCGAUGCCUCAAGCAGGCUCGGGUGGCGGAAUGCCGGGACUGGGGGGAACAUCACUGAGCACAGGAAUGGGUCGAAGGCUCGUCGGAGGAGGCAUGGGAGGGAUGGGCGGCGGGCACGGUAUGCCUGGAGGCAUGGGGGGAGGGAUGGGCGGCAUGGGCGGCAUGGGAGGUGCGGGCGGAGGUCAAAGGCUUGGCACUCAAUCCACAGGAAGCGGUGGAGGCAAGUCGAGCUCAAGUGGUAAAUCGGGGGGCUCAAGCAGCGGACGCGGAGGGGCUACGGGCGGCGGCAUGGGCAUGCCAGGUGGAAUGGGCGGCGGCGGUAUGGGCAUGCCAGGUGGAAUGGGAGGCGGUAUGGGCAUGCCCGGCGGAAUGGGCGGCGGUAUGGGCAUGCCCGGUGGAAUGGGAGGCGGCAUGGGUGGUAUGGGCGCUAGCGCCAACAAGGCACCGUCCUCUUCGUCUUCGGGCUCGAAAGGCAAGAAGAGCAAGAAGAAGAAAUGCCGCAAGAAGAAGUCGAGCGGCAAAAGUGGCGCUGAAGAAGAAGAGCGCCGACGCCGCCGCAGCAACUCGUAUAGCAGCAGUGGCAGCAGCUCUUCGAGGAACUCGAGGAGAACUGACACUCUGAGCGUUGACGAGAUUGCUGACCACGGCUCGAAAACUACUCCUCGUUCUUCUGCCACUAAAGAUCCCAAAAACAGCAAGGCUUCGGACGCUACCGGUACCCUUUCCAACCGUGGUGAGUCGAUGGCUACGUCUCGGACCGAUGUCAAAGCUCACCGCUUGCUGAUGUGCUCGUUUCUUGCCCUCUCAACACGCAACAGAUCGCUCCCAGAAGAGAAGCAUCGGCCCGGACUCUUUUUCCAACGACCUGACUCUCAUGAAGAGGCACCAGAAGCACAAGAGACACCAGAAGCACAAGAAGAUGCGCAGAUCUGCGGCUGGCAAGACUUCCUUCUGAAGCACAAGGCCUCGCUUUAGGCAAGUAGUGUUUCGAGUCAAAGUGAGCUUGAGAUGGCUCCAGAGCGCAGACGCGGGGCAGCCGCUGACCGAUAUGACAAUCUUUCCUUUGUCGAACAGCAACUUGAAACAAGCAUCGGUCGUGAACUCACUCCACCGAAUGAAGAUCCAUCCAAAAUUCCGAAUGUGAAAGUAGUCGUUCCCAACGCUCAACCCAUUGUAUCUCUCCCGUUCGAUCGCU